AUGAGCAGCUGGCCCUGCAUUGCACCAUCCCCCGCAGCAGCAGCAGCAGCAGCAGCAGCAGCAGCAGCAGCAGCAGCAGCACCGAGAGAAGCCCCUCGUUUAGUGGUCUGCAACGAGCUGCUGCUGACUCUUUUCUUAACUCAAAAGGGACAAAAGUUUGCAGCAAAUGUCCCUCCCCUUUCGCAGCAGCCGCUGGCCCUCGACGCGCCCUCGGGGGAGCGCGCCUUCCAAGUUGCUGCUCGCAGGUGGCUGCAGCAGCAGCAGCAGCAGCAGCAGCAGCAGCAGCGGCGGCGAAGGCGGCGACGAAGGAGGCAGCAGCAGCAGCAGCAGCAGCAGCAGCAGCUGCUGCUGCUGCUGCUGGAGGAAGAGGGGCAGCCGAUGCACCUCCUCGACGCGUCCCUUAAUGUAGAAGGAGAUGUCUCCUUCUCUUUUCUUGUGGCCGUGCGCACUGCAGCAGCAGCUCAGCAGCAGCAGCAGCAGCAGCAGCAGCAGCAGCAGCAGCAGCAGGCCGCCAACAAACGGACACAUGAAGCUCCUGCUGCCGCUAACACUGCAACUCCUUCUCCUGACACUGCAGCAACAAGAGCGCCAACCCCAGCAGAAACGGACGCAGCAGCAGCAGCAGCAGCAGCAGCAGCAGCAGCAGAAAGAGGAGCAGCAAAUGCUUCAGGAGACCACACUGACCCCGCCGCUGCUCUGGAGACACCGCAGGGCUCUACCGCGAGCGAGUCACCUGCAGCAGCAGCAUUUGUGGGGCGCAGCAGCAGCUUGACUCUUUGCCGCUAUUGCUGCCGCCUCUCUGUGCGCAUAUCUGGCCCCACAGUUUUCUUGCGCUUCACGGGGGAGCUGCUGCCGCUGCAGUUUCCAGCAGCAGCAGCAGCAGCAGCAGGCAGAGCAGCAGCAGCACCUGCUGCUGCUGCUGCUGGGGGGUUGGAAGCUGCUAAACAACGGAGGCAUUCACCAGCAGCAGCAGCAGCAGCAGCAGCAGCAGCAGCAGAUGGCCCUCGUGGGUGGCUGUGUUUCCCCACACCGCGUCGUCUGGCGCCAUUCUAUAGGAGAGCAGCAGCAGCAGCAGGCAGCAGCAGCAGCAGCAGGAAAGGCCUCAAGUGUCUCUCUUUCUCACUGUACAUACACCGCAUCAUUGUCUCUGUGGCUGCGGCACCCAGCAGCAGCACUGCAGCAGCAGCAGCAGCAGCAGCGCAGCAUGAACAUUUGAGGGGCAGCCGCAGGCGCAGCAGCGCCACAGUGGAAGACCUGCAGCAGCAGCAGCAGCAGCAGCAGCAGCAGCAGCACCCCCUCCGUUUGUUCUUGUCUGGAGUGACCUGCAGCAAAUACUUUGCCGAGAGCAGCAGAGACGUGUUUCUCCUGUCUCCCCGUGAGGGCCCGCAGGGGUCUCCGUCCUCUUUGUCUGCUUCGUGGUUUGCUGCAGCAGCAGCAGCUGACAGCAGCAGCAGCAGCAGCAGCGGCGCUGCUGCUGCUGCUGCCGCUGCAGCCUUUGGGGGGCCCGCGCUGCUGCAGGGGCCCCUGCGGCCCCUGCCUGCUGCUGCUGAACGCUUCAUGCUGACAAUUAAUAGAGUUGAUUGUUUUGUUUAUAAUGCUGCUGAAGGGAAAAGUUACCAUGUCUUUAAGGCUUCUCCUGCUGCAGCAGCAGCAGCAGCGGCCGCAGGCAGCAGCAGCGCAGCAGCAGCAGCAGCAGCAGCGCCGGUCGCCUUCAGAUACGCCUCGGGGGGCCCCACAGCUCUUCCUGCUGAGGACCCCGUAGGGUACUUUCCUGCUGCAGUUUAUUUCCUCGUUGAUAUUGCUGUCUCCAAAAAGAGACAACGCAGCAGCAGCAGCAGCAGCAGCAGCAGCAGCUGCAGCAGCAGCAGCAGCAGGAGCGCUGUGUGUCGCUGCUGCUGCGACAUGUGCACCGCGCGCAGCACUGCGACUGGCGGCAGCAGCACCACGAGCGACACUAGCAGCAGCAGCUGCAGCAGCAGCUGCAGCAGCAGCAGCAGCAGCUGCAGCAGCAGCAGCAGCAGCAGCAGCUGGCGGCGCUGCGCUGCUGCUGAGAGGGCCGUUUGGCUGUCUCUGGGCAGCAACGUGCGUCGGGUGCAGCAGGCUGUCUUGACAGUGAGUCCCUUAGUGGCGAGUUUUGAUUUUACAUUUUUGUCUUUGCUGCUGCCGCCGACGCUGCUGUCUUUCUCGGAGCCAGCAGCAGCAGCAGCAGCAGCAGCAGCAGCAGCAGCAGCAGCGCGCGUCGCGGGCGGCCCGGGCGCAGCAGCAGCGGCAGCAGCGGAGGCGGAGGCCACGCUGUCCCGCUGGCUGUGCCUCGCCGUGCCGCGCUUCAGCAGCAGCAGCAGCGGGGCCCCACAGCAGCAGCAGCAGCAGCAGCAGCAGCAGCAGCAGCAGCAGCAGCUGGAAGUGCACGUGGAGCUGCUGUGGGUGGGAGAGUGCUCCGCACAUUUGUCUGUCUCCAGACUCUACAGAGUCCUUUCUCUUGAAGGAGCUCUUUUUAGUUUUUCUGCUUUUCUGCUGCGGCAGCGGCAGCUGCAGCUGCGGCAUGUGCUGCUGCUGCUGCUGCAGCACUACCAGCAGCAGCUGCAGCAGCAGUGGCUCCAAAUGCUCCUCUCCGUCGACAUCCUCGGCAGACCCAUCUCCCGCAUCCGAAAGCUGUGGCACGAAGUGAGCUUUUUGCUGCUGCUGCUGCUGCUGCUGCAGCUGCAGCAGCUCCUGCUGCUGCUGCUGCUGCUGCUGCUGCUGCAGCAGCUCCUGCUGCUGCUGCUGCUGCUGCGCUGCUGCCCUGCAGCCCUCCUUUUUGCUGCUGCCUUUGUGCCUAUUUCUCCCCAUUUUUCUCUUCUGAUUUUCCAUUUUCUUUUAUAUUUCUAA